GAAAAAGAGGAAAAAAUCAGAAUUUAGGGGGAAAAUGGGAAUGAAAUGGGUUGAAAGUUGAAUUUUAAGAUUGAAAUUUAUUUCCAAUUAAUAAUUAACAGGAUUGAAAAUUAAUUUUUAACAGGGUUGGACUCUGCCCUCGGACUCUGCUUCGCCCCAUGUGAAGGAUGCUGAAGAAGCGCAGCCUGGCUCUGCUGGCUGCCGCGCUCUUCCUCGCCUGGAACGGCCUCCUCCUCCUCUUCCUCUGGGGCCGCCCCGGUGCCGCCCCGGGCCCGCAGCCCCCGGCCGGCUCCCGCCUGCUGCCGGCGCAGCUGCUGCAGCUGGCGCAGGACGCCGAGGCCGAGCUGCGGCUGCAGCGCGAGCUCCUGCUGCAGAUCCAGCAGCUGGGCCGCCUGCAGCGCCAAAAAACGCCUCCAAAAACCCCGAAACCGACGGAAAAAACCCCAAAAACGGCGGUGAUCCCCACGGGGGAAGCGCCGGUGAUCCCGGUGCUGGUGCUGGCUUGCGACCGCAGCUCGGUGCGGCGCUGCCUGGAUAAAAUCCUGCGCUACCGGCCCAGCGCGCGGCGCUUCCCGGUGAUCGUCUCGCAGGACUGCGGCCACGCCGAGACCGCCGCCGUCAUCGCCUCGUACGGCGCCGCCGUGGCUCACAUCCGCCAGCCCGACCUCAGCGACGUGGCCGUGCCGCCGGAGCACCGGAAAUUCCAAGGUUAUUACAAAAUCUCCCGGCAUUACCGCUGGGCGUUGGGCCAGGUGUUCCGCACCUUCCGCUACCGCGCCGCCAUCGUGGUGGAGGACGACUUGGAGGUGGCGCCGGAUUUUUUCGAGUAUUUCCAGGCGGUGCUGCCGUUGUUGCAGCAGGAUCGCAGCUUGUGGUGCGCCUCGGCCUGGCACGAUAACGGCAAGGAGGGUUUGGUGGACGCCGGCCGCGCCGAGCUGCUCUACAGGACCGAUUUCUUCCCCGGUUUGGGGUGGUUGUUGUUGGCGGAGCUGUGGGACGAGCUGGAGCCCAAAUGGCCGCCGGCGUUUUGGGACGAUUGGAUGAGGCAACCCGAGCAGCGACGCGGUCGGGCUUGCGUCCGGCCCGAGGUGUCCAGGACGAUGACGUUCGGCAGGAAAGGCGUGAGCCACGGGCAGUUCUUCGAUCAGUACUUAAAGUUCAUCAAACUCAACGACCGCUUCGUGCCUUUCACCCAAAUGGACCUUUCUUACCUCAAAAAGGACGAGUACGAACGGUUCUUCCUCCGGCAGGUUUAUUCCGCCCCCGAAAUCCACCUGGAGGAGCUGCACAAGGAGCCGGGGAGGGACUCGGGGCCCGUCAGGCUCCAGUACCGGGGCAGGGAUUCCUUCAAGGCUUUGGCCAAAGCUUUGGGGCUGAUGGACGACCUCAAAUCCGGCGUCCCCCGCGCCGGCUACCGCGGCGUCGUCACCGUCGUGUGCCGGGGCCGCCGCGUCUUCCUGGCCCCUCCCUCGGACUGGACGGGCUACGACCCCUCCUGGAGCUGAGGGUGGGGGGUUUGCCCCUUUUUUGGGGGGGAUUCGCCCCUUUUUGGGGGGAUUCCCCCCUUUUUUGGGGGAAUUUUGCAGAAUAAAAGGGUAAAAAAUGUGGGGGUCCCGCCAUCCCCCCCCCCUCCCCCCACCACCAUUUGCAUCACUGCCAUCUUUAAGUUUAACAGAAAUUAUGUUUAAACCAUCUUUGAAGUGGUUUAAAAAUCCCUCUCGAGGGUGAAUUUGGGGGUUUUUUUUGGUUUUUUUGUUUUUUGGGGGGGGUGGGUUUGGUGCUGGCGGACGUGGGGCAAGGAUUUUCCAGAAUAAAAGGUAAAACAGAGGUGAGAAAACCUCACAAUGCCA